CUUUUUUUGUGUCUUUUUUUCAGCAGCCUCUUUGUCGGUAGAUCUCGGGCGUUUGUGGUCGCCAGGUGGCGGGUCCGCUGGCGUAUAAAGUGUGGCACCGUUGCGGUUAGCCUCACGACACGGAAACAGUUCUUCGAAGCUGCUUGACGUGGGAUCAUUUGCCGAGACCUUUGCAUAAGACUACCAUGGCAUCUAAGGCCCUGAACCUCCUGGCGCUGUUGGUGGCCAUCAGCGGCUGCCUGGCCCAUCCGACCGGCGCCCCCGAAGAGGCCUGCGCCGACAUGUUGCCCCAGCACGGCGACUCGCUCUUCGAGGACGCCAGCAAGGGCCCCUACCGCCUUACCCAGAACAAGGUCGACUUCAAGGGAGGAGACGUCGUCAUCGUGACCCUGUCCACUUCCGGAACCCCGUUCAAGGGCUUCCUAGUGAAGGCCUUCGACGAGAACGAGAAGGAGGUCGGCCAGUUCGAGAAGACCGCCAUCUCGCAGCCCCUGACCAAGUGCUCGGCUUCCACCCACGUCGAGGGCGGCGACAAGACCACCGCCGCGCUCAAGUGGAAGGCCCCCGCCGGAGUUGCCGGCAAGGUCCACUUCAGGGCCACCAUCGUGGAGAAUGCAAAGAAGUACUUCACCAACCUCAAGAGCACUCACGCCUAAGGUUCCGAUACUCGGAAAUCAUUUCAUUUUUAUCCUGCAAUCAAGGCAAAAUAAAGUUCGAUUUUUUAAAGGC